CUCUCUCUCUCCACUUCCCUUCCCUUCCCUUCUUCCACACUGGGAGAGUUAGAUAGGAGAUAGAUCCACUCCGGCUCUGGUUUAUGCUGUUGUCAUGGCGAGUGAAGGCUCAUGCGCCUGUCACUUUAAAGCUUGCUAGGAAGCGGUAGGCCUCACUGAAGCCUCGGCCUGGCGUGAUGUCGGAGCCGAAAGCGGCCGCUCCGGCGCCCGGAGACACCUACAAGGGCUGGCUGUUCAAGUGGACCAACUACAUAAAGGGAUACCAGCGGCGAUGGUUCGUCCUGAGCAACGGCCUGCUGUCUUAUUACAGGACCCAGGCGGAGAUGGGCCACACGUGCCGUGGUACUAUAAAUCUGGCCACAGCCAACAUCGCAGUGGAGGACUCCUGCAACUUUGUGAUCUCUAACGGUGGUGCGCAGACGUAUCACCUGAAGGCGAGCUCUGAGGUGGAGAGACAGCGCUGGAUCACGGCCCUGGAGCUCGCUAAGGCCAAAGCUGUGCACAUGCAUGCUGAGUCGGAUGAUUCUGGGGACGAGUGUACCUCCUCUCCACCGAUGGCAGCUCAGGGUGUCGGGACUCGUAACUCGGAAGUCCAGUCCACGCUGAGAACUCUGGGAAGCAAAGUGGAGGACCUCAGCACGUGCAACGACCUCAUCGCCAAACACGGCUCCGCCCUCCAAAGGUCCUUGUCCGAGCUGGAGAGCAUUAAACUGGGCGGAGAGACGAGCGAUAAAAUCCGGCAGGUGACCGAGAGGGCCACGCUGUUCCGCAUCACGUCUAAUGCCAUGAUCAACGCGUGUCGGGACUUCCUGGCCCUGGCUCAGGCGCACAGUAAGCGGUGGCAGAAAGCUCUACAGGCCGAGCGGGAUCAGAGGGUUCGUCUGGAGGAGACGCUGGAGCAGCUGGCCAAGCAGCAUAACCACCUGGAGAGAGCGUUCAGAGGAGCCACCGUGCUGCCCGCCUCGUCCAGUAACACCACGGCCGACAGCAAAGGCUCGGCUGCAGCAAAGGGUGACGCCAGCGAUGAUGAGGAGAACGAGUUUUUCGAUGCAUGUGAGGAGUUUAUCACGGUCCCAGCCGACCCCAAAUACCACAGGAGGUCGGGCAGUAACGUCAGUGGGAUCAGCAGUGACAUGGGGAUGGACGAUGGCACCACUUCGCUGGACGAGCAGUCUCUAGCGUCCAAUCCGGAGUCUCCUCAGUCCCAGGAGGUGGAGCCAGUGAGGAAGAGGCGGACCCGAAUCCCAGACAAACCCAACUACUCACUCAAUCUUUGGAGCAUCAUGAAAAACUGCAUCGGCAAAGAGCUCUCCAAAAUCCCCAUGCCUGUGAACUUUAACGAGCCGAUCUCCAUGCUGCAGCGUCUGUCCGAGGAUCUGGAGUACUCUGAGCUGCUGGACCGAGCUGCUAAGUGUCAGAGCUCACUGGAGCAGCUGUGUUACGUAGCAGCCUUCACUGUGUCUUCUUACUCCACCACCGUACACCGCACAGGAAAACCCUUCAACCCUCUGCUGGGGGAAACGUACGAGCUCGACCGCCUGCAGGAGAGCGGAUACAGGUCCCUCUGUGAACAGGUGAGUCAUCAUCCUCCUGCUGCAGCUCAUCACGUCAUCUCUGAGCGAGGCUGGACCCUGAGGCAGGAAAUCACUGUGGCCAGCAAGUUCAGGGGCAAAUACCUCUCCAUCAUGCCACUCGGCUCUAUUCACUGUAUAUUUGAGAAGAGUAAUAAUCACUACACCUGGAAGAAGGUGAACACCACCGUGCACAACAUCAUCGUAGGAAAGCUGUGGAUAGACCAGUCAGGAGAGAUUGAUGUGAUAAACCACAGAACAGGAGAUCGCUGCCACCUGAAGUUCGCUCCCUACAGCUACUUCUCCAGAGAUGUGGCCAGAAAAGUAACGGGUGUGGUGACUGAUAAGGACGGUAAAGCUCAUUACGUGCUCUCGGGAACGUGGGAUGAGAAGAUGGAGUUUUCCCGUGUGAUGCAGAGCAGCCGAGGAGGAGAGAAUGGGGCAGAGGGACGCCAGAAAACUGUCUACCAGACACUCAAAGCUCGAGAACUGUGGAGGAAAACUCCUCUGCCAGAUGGAGCAGAGAACAUGUACUACUUCUCAUCCCUGGCACUGACACUGAACGAGGCGGAGGAGGGCGUGGCCCCCACAGACAGCAGGCGACGCCCAGAUCAGAGACUGAUGGAACAGGGGCUGUGGGAUGAAGCCAAUGCUGAGAAACAGCGCCUGGAGGAGAAACAGCGCACUGUGCGACGGGAGAGAGAGAGGGAGGCGGCUCAACUCGCCAUUACCGAAGACAGUGAGGCUCUCAUUGAGGACUCCAUAACUGACUCGCCUCUAAAAACCUUUACUGAUGAUGCCUCCUCUGAUCUCUCACUCUCAAUCGACACUCUGCACAGCUCACACUCCACCCCAUACUCAUGCGCCCCGCAGGACAGCUACAAGGCCCUUUGGUUCGAGCAGCAGGAAGACCUGAUGACUGGAGAGCCCACGCAUAUCUACAAGGGGGGGUACUGGGAGGCUAAAGAGCACGGUGACUGGCACGCCUGCCCCGAUAUCUUCUGAAUUAGCACCUCUGAGUGGACUAUUACAACUACAGCAACAACAUAGAAAGGAAAAAAAAUGCAGCAAAUCAGCUUUCUUUCCCUGUGCUGGAAAACGGGAAGCUCAGUAUGGGCUUCCACAUCCAUCGUUUCUCAGAAACACUAUAACCCCCCCCACACCCCCUCCCCCUACACCCCACCACCACCACCACCUAAAACAGGAAAUACCAAGGGGGCGUAUGGGACUCGUAACUCCGCCCACUGCUGUGAGAUCUCCUGUUCACUUCCCCUCUCUCUGUCUGUCAGUGUUAAAGUCUGCUAAGGGAAUGAACGUGUCUUCCACAGGGGCGUGGCCUAUUUCCGGGCUGAGCCCAGACGGAUUGCUCUUAUCUACAUGAAACAGCUCGAGGAUAAUGAAGGACGUGAUAUUCAGGGAGGUUUAAUGGGUCGAUGUUUCAGUUUUUCACACAAUCACUUAUUUAAAAAUAAAAAGAAUUAAGAUCACCCAUUACUGUUCCCGAGCACUAUGGAAACGCAACUUGCACUAAACCAGAGUUACACAACGACUAGUGCCUGUGUGGUGUCAUAUACACACGUCCUUCACUUUCACACUACUGAGCACAUUGUGCGUGUGUGUGUGCGUGUGUGUGCUUGCUUGAGAGGAAGGGCUCUUCACUGCAGGCACUGAGAUAAAGAAUUAUGGACUGUGUGUGUGUGCGCGCACUGGAGAGGUCGUAUAAGGUCGAGAGGGAGCUCUUUAAAUAGUCGACUGGUCGUUUCCCUGUGCUACAUGCGUGUGUUAAUUGAGAUUUAUCUGUUGAUCGGGGAAAUACAAAUCACAUUUUAUUUUAAAGUGUACUUACAUAUGAACAAAAUCACAGAAUAAACUGACAAAUAAUUGUGUGUAUAUCUCAGAUAAUGAAGUAAGGUUAGUGAUCUGAAUUAACACGGGGCGGUUAAGCAGCGGGGGGGCGUGUGGGGGGGGGGGUGUGUGUGUGUGGGGGGGGGGCGUGUUGAGGGACAGUAUGAUUUCUCAGUGAUUCUCACGCUGGUGAAGGGGAAACAGUCAGUGCUUUAAUGUGUUUUUGGGUUUUUUCUGUUUUAGUUAAAUAUUUGUCCUUUUUUUGUUGUUGUCAUGGACACUCGUACUAAUUUUUUAUGUCUCUUCACCGUACUUUAAUUCGCAGUAGAAUUUAAAUUUUUGGAUGCAAUCGUUUUGUUUUUCCAAUUAAUUUUCCUUCUUGUAUUUCUAGCUGUAAAAUUGUAAAUUGUUGGAUAUGUUUCCUUUUUCUUUUCUUUUUUUUUAUUUUUAUUUGCUUCUCUUUCUUGAUCUGUGCUGUGACGGGGUAGACUGAGUGUAGAAAUGCUGCAGGAUGUAAUAAAAUCAGAUUGGGGUAAAAAAAAAAACAA